AGACACACACCCACCCCAGCCCCGCCCCCAGGUCGGUCAGGUGGAUGCCUUGUUGUUGCUGAAGCCCAGCCAGGCCUCGGCACCUCCCCACAAUCCACUCUCCGCUUCAACAGUCCCGCGAGGAACUGCGUGCCAAAAUAUCGGCGGCUCCGUUCUUCCUCCUUCGGUGAUUCAAGCCCCAAUUCGCCCCAAAUCCGCCCCCCUUCUCGCGAAAUCCUGAAUCUUGCUCUCGCGAGAGGUAGCAGAAGGCGGCCAUGGUGUCCAGCUCCUACUCCAACCUGCUGGACCUGGCCACCGGCGCAGCGGACCAGGGGGCGGCGCCGGCCGCGCUCGGCGCGCUGCGGCGGCGCCUCCCGAGCGUGGUCACCACGCUGGGGCUCAUGGAGGACUCCCCGGCGUCGCCCUCCACGCCGUCCCCGGCGCCGCGCCCGCGCACCAUCGUCGUCGCCAACCACCUCCCGAUCCGGGCCCACCGCCCGGCGUCGCCGGAGGAGCCGUGGACCUUCUCCUGGGACGAGGACUCGCUGCUCCGCCACCUGCAGAAGAGCUCCUCCUCCCCCUCCAUGGAGUUCAUCUACAUCGGCUGCCUCCGCGAGGACGUGCCGGUCCCCGAGCAGGACGCCGUGGCGCAGGCGCUCCUCGACUCCUACAACUGCGUGCCGGCCUUCCUCCCCGCCGACACCGCCGCGCGCUACUACCACGGCUUCUGCAAGCAGCACCUCUGGCCGCUCUUCCACUACAUGCUGCCGCUGUCCCCGGACCUCGGCGGCCGCUUCGACCGCCUGCUCUGGCAGGCCUACGUCUCCGCCAACAAGGUGUUCGCCGACAAGGUGCUGGAGGUGAUCAACCCGGACGACGACUUCGUGUGGGUGCACGACUACCACCUCAUGGUGCUCCCCACCUUCCUCCGCAAGCGCUUCAACCGCAUCAAGCUCGGCUUCUUCCUCCACUCGCCCUUCCCCUCCUCCGAGAUCUACAAGACGCUGCCCGUGCGGGAGGAGCUCCUCCGCGCGCUCCUCAACUCCGACCUCAUCGGCUUCCACACCUUCGACUACGCCCGCCACUUCCUCUCCUGCUGCGGCCGGAUGCUGGGCCUCCCCUACGAGUCCAAGCGCGGCCACAUUUGCCUCGAGUACUACGGCCGCACCGUCAGCAUCAAGAUCCUGCCCGUCGGGGUCUACAUGGAGCAGCUCAACGCGGUGCUCGCCUUGCCGGAGACGGAGGCCAAGGUCGCGGAGCUCAUGGAGACCUACACCGGCAACGGCAGGGUCGUCAUGCUCGGCGUCGACGACAUGGACAUAUUCAAGGGGAUCAGCCUGAAGCUGCUCGCCAUGGAGGAGCUGCUGGGGCAGCACCCCGAGUGGCGGGGCAAGCUGGUGCUGGUGCAGGUCGCGAACCCGGCGAGGGGCCGGGGCAAGGACGUCGCCGGCGUGCAGGAGGAGACCUAUGCCAUGGUGAAGAGGAUCAACGAGGCGUACGGCGCGCCGGGGUACGAGCCGGUGGUGCUGAUUGACCAGCCGCUGCAGUUCUACGAGCGCGUCGCGUACUAUGUCAUUGCAGAGGUGUGCCUGGUGACCGCGGUCCGGGACGGCAUGAACCUGAUCCCCUAUGAGUACGUCGCCUCCCGGCAAGGCAACGACAAGCUGGACAGAAUACUGCGGCUGUGCAAGCCGGAGGAGAAGAAGAGCAUGCUGGUGGUGUCCGAGUUCAUCGGGUGCUCCCCGUCGCUCAGCGGCGCCAUAAGGGUGAACCCGUGGAACAUCGAGGCCGUGGCCGACGCCAUGGAGUGCGCCCUUGUGCUGCCUGAGAAGGAGAAGAAUCUGCGGCACGACAAGCACUACCGCUACGUGGAGAAGCACGACGUCGGCUACUGGGCCAACAGCUUCCUCCAGGACCUUGAGAGGACCUGCAAGGAUCACUCCAACCGGCGGUGCUGGGGAAUCGGUUUCGGCCUGCGGUUCAGGGUGGUCUCGCUUGACCUGAGCUUCAGAAAGCUUGCAAUGGAGCACAUUGUUCAGGCGUACAGGAGGUCGAAGACGCGCGCGAUUCUGCUGGACUACGACGGCACGCUGAUGCCGCAGGCGAUCAACAAGAGCCCCACUGCCAAAUCGGUCCAGAUACUCAACAGCUUGUGCCAGGACCAGAGGAAUGCGGUGUUCCUUUGCAGCGGGUUCAAACGCUGCACGCUCGACGAGUGGUUCCCUGCCGAGAACCUUGGCAUGGCAGCCGAGCACGGCUACUUCAUGAGGCUGAAGAGGGACGCGGAAUGGGAGACCUGCAUCCCACCCGCAGACUGCAGCUGGAUGCAGAUUGCACGGCCGGUCAUGGAGCUCUACACCGAGACGACGGACGGUUCGAUCAUCGAGGAGAGGGACACGGUGCUCGUCUGGAACUACGAGGACGCGGACCCCGACUUCGGGUCAUGCCAGGCCAAGGAGCUCGUCGACCACCUCGAGAGCGUGCUCACCAACGAGCCGGUGUCCGUGAAGAGCACCGUGCACUCCGUCGAAGCUAAGCCGCAGGGCGUGAGCAAGGGCCUGGUGGCGCGGCGCAUGCUGGCGGCGCUGCAGGAGAGGGGCAUGUGCCCGGACUUCGUCCUCUGCAUCGGGGACGACCGCUCCGACGAGGACAUGUUCCAGUUCAUCACCAGUGCUUCUUGCGCCGACUCGUUCGCGUCCACGGCGGAGGUCUUCGCCUGCACCGUCGGCCGCAAGCCCAGCAAGGCCAAGUACUACCUCGACGACACGGCGGAGGUCGUGAGACUGAUGCAGGGGCUGGCGUACGUCUCGGAGGAGCUCGCGCUGCAGAACCCCGCGCUGGGAGAGGAGGACCCCGAGGACCUGUGGUGCGUGGGCGAGCUGCAGUAGUAGGGAGUUGGAAUGAAGCGCAGGGGCAGCACAGCACAGGAGGAAGGCAUUGUCGUGUUGGCAACAGUCUGAGGAGGCUUCUGCAGCGUAGUUUAGGUGUACAUGAGCUAUGCUUUUCCUCGUAUUUGCUGCACUGCCGGUGGUUUGCUAUUAGUAGUAUGAGACUUGCUUUAGAGUGUUGUGACUUGUGAGCUCCGUUUGAAAACCUGGUAGUCUAGUUACCGCAACAGUAAUAAUGUCUCUCUGAAUGCCAUGGAAAAAUGCUAAUUUGUGCUGUUAAAA